AUGGUUUUCCUGACCACCAAAAUCAUGCAGAGGACGGCUCUGUUCGUGUCCUUCGGAGGUCUGGUCACCACCCUCAUCACCACCUUCAUCCCACUGUGGAAGACCAUGAACUCAGACCUGAACGAGGUGGAGAACUGGUACUCGGGGUUGUGGCACACCUGUAUCUUCACCGAGGAGGUGGGGGUGCAGUGCAAGGCCUACGAUUCCAUCAUGGCUCUGCCCGUGGACCUGCUGGCCUCCAGGGUCCUCAUGCUGGUGUCCAUAAGCACCGGGGCGCUGGCCGUGGUGGUGGCCUUCCCGGGGCUGGACGGCGUGGAGCUGGGCCUGGGGAGGCAGGGGCUGAAGAGGGGGCUGCUCAUCCUCAGCGGGCUCCUCUCCUGGGUGUCGGGCCUCACCACCCUGGCCCCUGUCUCCAUCGUGGCUUACGUGACCGUGGUGGAGUUCUGGAACGAGGGCCUGCCAGAUGUGGUGCCGCGCUGGGAGUUUGGGGAGGCCAUGUUCUCCGGCUGGUUUGCCGGGCUCGCGCUGGUGAUCGGAGGGACGCUGUUCUUUGUGGCGGUGUGUAUGGGCGACCACGACCGACAACCCCCCAGCCUGCCCAGCUCCCCCCAGGGGAAGCCCAGGACUCAGCACUACCUCAGGACUGAGCUCUUAUAGAUUGUUGCAGC